CAUCCUGACGUAUUUUAUGCUUAAUAGAAAUAAGAUUUGCUGAUUACCUAUUUAUACCUACAUUGCGAAUCAAUCCUUUUUAUUUCAGUUGACAUUCCGUUCCCAAAUUCGCAAAUUCGAUAGUUCAAAAAUAAAUUGACCAAGUAUUUUCGGAAAGUCGAUUUGUUUCACGUGAUCAUGAUAUCCUAUCUACUGUAGGAUAUCUACAAAGAAAUCUUUAGAGAAAAUGAACGGCUUGAGUCUGAGUGAGCUUUGCUGCCUAUUUUGCUGUCCACCAUGUCCGUCACGGAUUGCCGCCAAGCUGGCCUUCUUACCACCAGAACCGACCUACACCUUCGUCGAGGACGAAGGCUCAAAGUUCAGCAUAUCUUUGUCAGAGCGUGCCGAAUGGCAAUAUACUGAAAGAGAAAAAGAGUCUGUUGAGGGAUUUUAUGCCAGAACUUCACGGGGAAAUAGGAUUGCUUGCCUAUUUGUACGCUGCUCAGCAACGGCACGCUUCACUAUAUUAUUCUCACAUGGCAAUGCUGUUGACCUGGGACAGAUGUCUAGCUUCUAUUUGGGUCUUGGAUCAAGGAUUAACUGCAAUAUAUUCAGCUAUGACUAUUCGGGAUAUGGUGUUUCUGGUGGGAAACCUUCUGAGAAGAACCUGUAUGCUGAUAUCGAUGCUGCUUGGCAUGCACUACGCACUCGAUAUGGAAUCAGCCCUGAGAAUAUUAUAUUGUAUGGACAAAGUAUUGGGACAGUCCCUACUGUGGACUUAGCUGCUAGAUACGAAGUUGGUGCUGUUGUUCUUCACUCGCCACUUAUGUCUGGUAUGCGGGUUGCCUUUCCAAAUACUAAAAGAACAUGGUUCUUUGAUGCCUUCCCUAGUAUAGAUAAAGUGCCGAAAGUUACAUCUCCAGUCCUGGUCAUCCAUGGUACAGAGGAUGAAGUUAUCAGCUUCAAUCAUGGCCUGGCAAUUCAUGAGAGGUGUCCUAGAGCUGUAGAACCUCUGUGGGUUGAGGGUGCUGGGCACAAUGAUGUGGAGCUUUAUAACCAAUAUCUGGAACGACUGAAACAAUUCGUGAAUGUAGAACUAGUAAACUGACGGCGACUUAGCCUCUCCCAGAGUCAGGGAGGGCCAGUUGGUGGUGGGCACACUCACG